UCGAACAUAGUUUUUUCGUCCUUCGAAUAAACAACUUCAACCAUGUCUCCUUACACCGUGUUGGUCCUCUGCAUCCAAAUCUGCCUGAUCCAGUCAGUGAUGAGCCAGCGCUGCUGCGGCUCCAGCAUCGGCUCCGGGUCCAGCAUCGGCUACGGUUCCAGCAUCGGCUACGGUUCCAACAUCGGCUCCGGCUCCAGCAUCGGCUACGGUUCCAGCUCCGGCAACAGCGGCUCGUACGGCGGGCAGGGCUGCGGGGUGGUGAGCGCGGACGGCACCAUCGACGCGUGCGGCACCACCUGCGUCACCGGCGCCGUGCCCGUGCUCGGCUCCGUCUCCUUCGGCGGCUGCGCGCCCGCCUGCGGCUCCGUCUCUAUCUGCGGACAGUGCGGAUGCGGUUGCAACUAAAUAGUUCUACCGUGAUGAACCACACUGCAUUUCAAUAAUACAAUAAACGCUUUAUGGCUAAA